AGAAGUGACCGCGCUGGAUAUUCGCACUCGACGGCAAUUUGUAAGGUAUCAUUUGCUCAUUCCCAUCGGCGGCGGUCGCCCAGUCGGUUCGUCGCGCUUUUUUAUUGCGGCCAUGUAAGCGACCCUCAAGCGGAUCUCACUCACUCCAAUCACUCUUAUUUUAACACUCACAAAUUAACAUGGACCAUCACGAGGAGCCGAGCACAUCUCAUCAACACCAGCAUCCUGCCAAUAAUGCACAAAACGAGGAGAGGCGCCGUCUACACAAAGAAAAACAAAGAGAUCUUAACGAGCCCAUGGAUUUGGACGAUUUGUUGCCGCAACUGGAUGAAUUCGGGAAAUACCAAAAAAUCCUGAUUUGGUUCAUUUGUCUGCCGGCGUGCAUUCCCUGCGGCUUCUGCGCCUUCAACCAACUCUUCAUGGCCGAGGUACCUGAGCAUUGGUGCAGGGUGCCGGCCCUCGAGCUGCCCGGCGUGUCACAGCACGUGCGCAGAGAAGUCGGCGUGCCAAAGGACGAUAGUUGCCUUCGUUACGCUGUAAACUUCACUUCAUUGCUUGAGUCACAAUCCCUGAUGGACAUAGUACCAAAUUCAAGCUGGCCCGUCGAGUCCUGCGUUGAGGGAUGGGAAUAUGACCUGUCCGACAUAAGCUCAUCAAUCGUCAUGGACUUUGAGUUGGUGUGCGACCACGCGAUUUACCCCACGUUAGGUUUGGCCGCCCUGAACGCCGGGGGCCCCAUCGGCGUGUACGGUUUUGGCGUUUUGAACGACGGCAUUGGACGCAAGAAAUCGUUUUUCCUCUGCCUGGCCGUGCUCAUCGUCGGCGGCCUCAUCACAGCCUUUUCCUCCAGUUUUUGGAUGUGGGCGGGCAGCAGGUUCAUCGUUGGCCUCACCAUUCCUGCCAUUUACCAAAUUCCGUUCAUCAUUGCUCUCGAGUUGGUCGGCGCCAACUACCGCUCCUUCGUGACAGUCCUCACUUGCAUUUUCUACACUCUGGGCUUGGUGCUUUUGGCCGGAGUGACUUACUUCAUUCGAGAUUGGAAAGCCAUGGCCUUCGUAACAUCCGCUCCAUUUUUGUUUUAUUUCUUUUACUGGCGAUGUCUUCCAGAAUCUCCACGCUGGUUACUGGCCAAAGGCAGACUCGAAGAAGCGUCUUUAAUAUUGGAAAAACUGGCUGCAACAAACGGCAAAGAGCUGCCAGAUUCCUUUAAACAAAAAUUAAAGCAACAUAUGAUGUUGCAAAGAACCCGCAGUGAGGAGAGAAAAGCAGAAAAAGGCCCAGGGGUCACGGCUUUGUGCAAAACGCCUAACAUGCGGCUCAAAACGACUUUGAUCACUCUCAAUUGGUUCGCAAAUGAAAUGGUAUACGUUGGUCUGAGUUACUACGGCCCAGCGCUAGGAAAUGACCGCUACCUCAGUUUUCUCUUGUCUUCCCUGGUGGAAAUCCCAAGCUAUCUUUGUUGCUGGGCUGUGAUGGACAGAUGGGGUCGCAGAUGGCCGCUUUCCAUUUGCAUGGUUUUGAGUGGCAUUUCCUGUAUCAUUACAGUACUUUUGCCAGCAGACGCGGUUGUGUUGACUCUGAUUUUGUAUCUGUUUGCCAAAUUCACGAUAUCCGCCUCAUUUUUGAUCAUCUACCCUUUCGCUGGUGAACUGUACCCAACGCAAUUGCGAGGGGUUGGAAUCGGCGCGAGUGCUUACAUCAGCGGACUGGGCCUUAUAGUGAUUCCUUUUAUUGUCUAUUUGGGGAUGGAAAUGUUGGUGCUGCCCUUGGUUGUGAUGGGGGUGAUUUCAGUCAUAGGAGGCUUGGCAGGUCUGAGGUUACCAGAAACGUUACACACCAAGCUACCGCAAACGGUCGAAGAGGGAGAAGAGUUUGGCAAAGAUUUUUCAAUGAACGAUUGUCUCCGAUGCGUUCCAGCGUCACAGCAUGGAUCUUACGAAGAUUUGAGCGUUCAGCUGUCCGAAUUAAAUAUCGCCAGCGUGGAGGCAGUAAAUGCUGACGAACCCUUGUCUCCAACAGAAGCGACCGAAGAAACGCCGUUCGGGUCAAGAAGCAAGAGCAUCAGGAGGAGCAUAGCGAGACAGUCGAAGAUUCUUGUCAGGCAGUCCAGUGUGCUAGAGACUCCUUACGACUCGUCCGGGGCCAUGAAAAUGACCUAUUGGUACUGAAAGUUUCACAAAAAGGUCAUUUAAAAAGACCUCUAAUUUAGUUAGCAGAGUGUGCCAUUAAGUUUAAGUGUGUGUGA